AGAAGAAAGAAGAAAAGGAAGUAAAGGAUGUUGAAAAAGAAAAGAAAAAAUUCAGAAUAACCAAUAAGCUAGAAGAGGGCGGAGUCGCCUUUAGGGUUUAAAUAGGAGCCCUGGUUCGCUUUAGACAGACAGUUGAACAGCUUUCGAACGAAAGCGCUCCAGGGCUGUUCUAACGCGUGUUGUCCCGCCGCCGUGUGUGAAGGAGAUCCGCCAAUCCGAAUCCCACACGAAUUUCAACCGUCUCUCUCUCCUCUCUCUCAUCAACUUGUUUGAUUUUUUGUCGUCGUCGUCGUUGAUCAACAACUCGAAACAACAAGAUGCCUCCCAAGAAGGAUAUGGGACCCGAUCCCGACCCAGCCCAAUACCUCUUCGUUUCCCUGGAAAUGAAACGUGCUGAUCAAACCAAGCCCUACGAUGGUAAGAAGGCCACCUGGGUCCCAUGCGAGAAGGACAGCUACCAACUCGGUGAGAUCACUGGAACCAAAGGUGACCUGGUCGUCGUCAAGGUUGCUGAUGGCAACGAAAAGAUGGUCAAGAAAGACCAGUGCUUUCCGGUCAAUCCGCCGAAAUUCGAGAAAGUGGAAGACAUGGCAGAUUUGACUUACCUGAACGAUGCGGCCGUCUUGCACAAUCUAAGGCAGCGCUACUACCACAAACUGAUUUAUACCUACUCCGGUCUCUUCUGCGUGGCUAUCAACCCUUACAAGCGUUUCCCGAUCUACACCCAACGUGUCAUCAAGAUGUACAUCGGCAAGCGACGUAACGAAGUCCCUCCCCACAUUUUCUGCAUCUCAGACGGUGCCUACAUGGACAUGUUGACCAACCACGAAAACCAGUCCAUGUUGAUUACUGGCGAGUCUGGUGCCGGAAAGACUGAAAACACCAAGAAAGUCAUUGCCUACAUGGCCAGUGUCGGUGCUUCGACUAAGAAACCCAAGGAGGGUGAAGCCAAGAAGUUGAUGAAAGUGGGUAACUUGGAAGAUCAAAUUGUGCAGACUAACCCGGUUCUUGAGGCCUUUGGUAACGCCAAGACAACCCGUAACGACAACUCUUCCCGUUUCGGUAAAUUCAUUCGUAUCCAUUUCGGUAACUCCGGCAAAUUGGCUGGUGCCGACAUUGAGACCUACCUGCUGGAGAAGGCUCGUGUCAUCUCCCAACAGGCUUUGGAGCGCUCCUACCACAUCUUCUACCAGAUCAUGUCAGGAAAACUGCCCACCCUCAAGGCCAUGUGCUCUUUGUCGGACAACAUCUACGACUAUCCGUUCGUCAGCCAAGGCAAAGUCACCGUUCCCAGCAUCGACGACUCAGAGGAGAUGCAAAUGGCCGAUGAAGCUUUUGACAUUCUGGGUUUCACCCAAGAUGAGAAGAACAUGAUCUACAUGGUCGUGGGAGCCGUCAUGCACCUCGGAACGAUGAAGUUCAAGCAAAGGGGUCGCGAAGAACAGGCUGAACAAGAAGGCAAAGAGGAAGGUGAAAAUGUCGCCAAGAUGAUGGGUGUUGAUGGCCCUCAGCUGUACAUGAACUUCUUGAAGCCCAGGAUCAAGGUCGGUAACGAGUUCGUCACCCAGGGCCGUAACGUCAACCAGGUCGUCUACUCCAUCGGUGCCAUGGCUAAGGCCAUCUUCGAUCGUCUGUUCAAGUGGUUGGUCAAGCGUGUCAACGAGACUUUGGAAACUGGUCAGAAACGUGUCACCUUCAUCGGUGUACUGGAUAUUGCCGGUUUUGAGAUCUUCGACUACAACGGUUUCGAGCAACUUUGCAUCAACUUCACCAACGAGAAGUUGCAACAGUUCUUCAACCACCACAUGUUCGUUCUUGAGCAAGAAGAGUACAAACGUGAAGGUAUCGAGUGGACCUUCAUCGAUUUUGGUAUGGACUUGCAAAACACCAUCGACCUCCUGGAAAAGCCCAUGGGUGUCUUGUCCAUCCUUGAGGAAGAGUCUAUGUUUCCCAAAGCCACUGAUCAGACCUUUGCUGAGAAGUUGAACAACAACCACUUGGGCAAAUCUGCCUCCUUCGUCAAGCCCAAGCCCGCCAAGGCCGGCUGCAAGGAAGCCCACUUUGCUAUUGCCCACUACGCCGGAACUGUGCCCUACAACAUUACCGGCUGGCUCGAGAAGAACAAGGAUCCCUUGAACGACACUGUCGUCGAUCAGUUCAAGAAGGGUAGCAACAAAUUGGUCCAGGAGAUCUUCGCUGACCACCCCGGUCAAUCCGGAGGCAAAGAGGAGGCUAAAGGUGGCAAGCGUGGCAAAGGUGGUGGCUUCUCUACUGUCUCGUCUGCUUACAGGGAGCAGCUGAACGGUCUGAUGAAGACUUUGAACGCCACUUCACCCCAUUUCAUCCGUUGCAUCAUCCCCAACGAGACCAAGUCUCCCGGUGUCAUCGAUUCUCACUUGGUUAUGCACCAGCUGACAUGUAACGGUGUACUUGAAGGUAUCCGUAUUUGUCGCAAAGGAUUCCCCAACCGUAUGGUCUACCCCGACUUCAAGCAUCGGUAUAACAUCCUGAACCCCAACAUCACCAAGGAGAAAGAUGGAACCCCGAUGGACGAAAAGAAAGCUUCAUCCAAUCUGUUGGAUGAAUCCAAACUGGACGUCAGCUUGUUCAGAUUGGGUCACACCAAGGUCUUCUUCAAGGCCGGAGUCUUGGGUCAGCUUGAAGAGAUGCGAGAUGACAAAUUGGCCAAGAUCAUCACCUGGAUGCAAUCCUUCAUCCGCGGAUACCACACCCGCAAGCAGUACAAGCAACUGCAAGACCAGCGUGUCGCCUUGUGCGUUGUCCAGCGCAACUUGCGCAGCUACCUGCAAAUGCGCACCUGGGCCUGGUACCGUUUGUGGCAGAAGGUCAAGCCUCUGCUCAACGUCACCCGUGUCGAGGAUGAGAUCAAGGCUCUUGAAGACAAGGCCGCCGCCGCCCAGGCCAACUUCGAGAAGGAGGAGAAACUCCGCAAGGAGCUCGAGACCAACUUGGCCAAGUUGAACAAGGAGAAGGAAGAUCUCCUCAACCGCCUCCAGGCCGAAUCCGGCACCGUUGCCGACUUCCACGACAAGCAGAACAAGCUCAUGUCGCAGAAGGCCGACCUCGAGUCCCAGCUUUCGGACACCCAAGAGCGUCUGCAACAAGAGGAAGAUGCCCGCAACCAGCUCUUCCAGAACAAGAAGAAGCUCGAACAGGAAGCUUCCGGCCUGAAGAAGGACAUUGAAGACCUCGAAUUGGCUCUCCAAAAGACCGAGACCGACAAGGCCACCAAGGAUCACCAGAUCCGCAACUUGAACGACGAGAUCGCCCACCAGGAUGAGCUCAUCAACAAGCUCAACAAGGAGAAGAAGCACAUGCAGGAAGUCAACCAGAAGACCGCCGAAGACCUCCAGGCCAGCGAAGACAAAGUCAACCACCUCAACAAGGUUAAGGCCAAGUUGGAGCAGACCCUUGACGAGCUCGAGGACUCUUUGGAGCGCGAGAAGAAACUCCGCGCCGACAUUGAGAAGAACAAGCGCAAGACUGAAGGUGACUUGAAGCUGACCCAGGAAGCCGUUGCCGACCUGGAACGCAACAAGAAGGAACUUGAGCAGACCAUCCAGCGCAAGGACAAGGAGAUUGCCUCUUUGAACGCCAAGUUGGAAGAUGAGCAAUCCCUGGUCGGCAAGCUCCAGAAGCAGAUCAAGGAGCUCCAGUCCCGCAUUGAAGAGCUCGAGGAGGAAGUCGAGGCUGAGCGCCAGGCUCGCGCCAAGGCUGAGAAGCAGCGCGCCGAUUUGGCCCGCGAGCUUGAGGAACUCGGCGAGCGCUUGGAGGAAGCCGGUGGUGCCACUGCCGCCCAGAUCGAGUUGAACAAGAAGCGCGAAGCUGAGCUGAGCAAACUCCGCCGCGAUUUGGAGGAAUCCAACAUCCAGCACGAGUCUGUCCUCUCCAACUUGCGCAAGAAGCACAACGAUGCCGUUUCCGAGAUGAGCGAACAAAUCGACCAGCUCAACAAAAUGAAGGCCAAGGCUGAGAAGGAUCGUUCCAGCAUGAAGAACCAAGUGGACGAUUUCAAGGCCGCCACUGACCACAUGACCGCCGAGAAGGCCGCCGCGGAGAAGAUGACCAAGAUGCUCCAGCAGCAGCUCAACGAAAUCCAGAGCAAGCUGGAUGAAGCCAACCGGUCAUUGAACGACUUUGAUGUCCAGAAGAAGAAGUUGACCAUCGAGAACAGCGACUACCUCCGCCAGUUGGAGGAUGCCGAAUCUCAGGUGUCUCAGCUGCAGAAGCUCAAGAUCUCGUUGACCACCCAGCUGGAAGACAGCAAGAGGAUGGCCGAUGAGGAGGGCCGCGAGCGCGCCACCCUUUUGGGCAAGUUCCGCAACCUCGAGCACGACAUCGACAACAUCCGCGAGCAGCUGGAUGAGGAGUCUGAAGCCAAGGCCGACCUCCAACGCCAACUGUCCAAGUCGAACGCCGACUGCCAGAUGUGGCGUCACAAAUACGAGAGCGAAGGUGUCGCCAAGGCUGAAGAGCUUGAAGACGCCAAGAGGAAGCUCCAGGCUCGCCUGGGCGAGGCUGAAGAGGCCAUCGAGUCUUUGAACCAGAAGAACGUCGCCCUGGAAAAGAUCAAGAUGCGCUUGACUGGCGAGCUCGACGACAUGCACGUCGAAGUUGAACGCGCCACCGUCCUGGCCAACCAGAUGGAGAAGCGCGGCAAGAACUUCGACAAGGUCGUCUCCGAAUGGAAGGCUAAGGUCGACGAUUUGGCCGCCGAACUCGACGCUUCCCAGAAGGAAUGCCGCAACUACUCCACCGAGCUCUUCCGCCUCAAGGCCGGUUACGACGAGAGCCAGGAGCACCUGGAAGCCGUCCGCCGCGAGAACAAGAACUUGGCCGAUGAGAUCAAGGACCUCAUGGACCAGAUCGGCGAAGGUGGCCGCAACGUCCACGAAAUCGACAAACAGCGCAAGCGCUUGGAAGUCGAGAAGGAAGAACUCCAGGCCGCCCUCGAGGAAGCCGAAUCCGCGCUCGAGCAGGAAGAAAACAAAGUACUUCGUGCUCAGCUGGAACUUUCUCAGGUGCGCCAGGAAAUCGACCGCCGCAUCCAGGAGAAGGAAGAAGAGUUCGAAAACACCCGCAAGAACCACCAACGCGCCAUCGACUCGAUGCAAGCCAGCCUGGAAGCCGAAGCCAAGGGCAAAGCCGAGGCACUCCGCAUGAAGAAGAAGUUGGAAUCGGACAUCAACGAGUUGGAAAUCGCUUUGGAUCACGCCAACAAGGCUAACGCCGAGGCCCAGAAGAGCAUCAAGCGCUACCAACAAAGCAUCAAGGAGACUCAGUCCGCCUUGGAGGAGGAACAGAGGAACCGCGACGACCUGCGCGAACAGUACGGCAUUGCCGAGCGCCGCGCCAACGCUCUCCAGGGCGAGCUGGAGGAAUCCAGGACGCUGUUGGAACAGGCCGACCGCGCCAGACGCCAGGCCGAGACCGAGCUGGCUGAUGCCCACGAGCAGUUGCACGACCUGACUGCCCAGGCCGCUUCAUCAUCCGCCGCCAAGAGGAAGAUGGAAUCCGAGCUGCAGACCCUGCACGCCGACUUGGACGACAUGAUCAACGAGACCAAGAACAGCGAGGAGAAGGCCAAGAAGGCCAUGGUCGACGCUGCCCGUCUGGCCGACGAGCUGAGAGCCGAACAGGAGCACGCCCAGGCCCAGGAGAAGCAACGCAAGGCCCUCGAGCUCCAAGUCAAGGAACUCCAGGUCCGAUUGGACGAAUCCGAGAACAACGCCCUCAAGGGAGGCAAGAAGGCCAUCCAGAAGUUGGAGGAGCGAGUGCGCGGACUGGAAACGGAAUUGGACGGAGAGCAGCGCCGCCACGCCGACGCCCAGAAGAACUUGCGCAAGUCGGAGCGUCGCAUCAAGGAAUUGACGUUCCAAUCCGACGAGGACCGCAAGAACCACGAGAGGAUGCAAGAUCUGGUUGACAAGCUCCAGCAGAAGAUCAAGACGUACAAGCGACAGAUUGAAGAAGCCGAAGAGAUCGCCGCCCUCAAUCUGGCCAAAUUCCGCAAGGCUCAACAGGAGCUCGAGGAAGCCGAUGAACGCGCUGAAUUGGCCGACCAGGCCGUCUCCAAGUUGCGCGCCAAGGGCCGUGGUGGAUCCGCAUCCCGACUCUCCCCACCCCCCCAGAUGAAGCCCCGCUCAAAGCGAGACUUUGAAUAAGGUCCAUGCCAAACUCCAGCCACCACCACUCCACCCACCCACCACCGCAACUGGAAAACCAGGUGUUCAAUACAACAGCAACGUGUGUGUCGGAUAUAGUAAAUAAUAAUCAAUGCUGGUUAUUCAAUUAACUUCUCAAAUGGACAUUUCAAAAAAAUUACCCUCAAAAAAAGUUCCUUCUUCCUCCUUUUUAUAUCCUUCUCUCUUAUUUCUGACUUCUUUCCCCACCCCCAUCCCCCUCCAGUGUGUGCGAGUGUGUUUUCUAGUCCGAUUCGUGUGGAAUCACCUUCAACCAGCGGCCGUGAUUUUUAAUUUGAUUUUUUAAAAUUUUUUCGAAUUGUCUCUCUCGUCCCGAACUUGAUCCAGGCGGAAUCUUUUUUUAAAAAUUUAAAUCACAUCUUUCAAAAGUUAAACCCUACAUUUUUAAGCGGCGGGGCACUUUUCACACACAAGUUUGAUCGGGAGAGUAAAUCGGGAAUUUUAUAAAAAUU